AUGGAGGUUAAUGGAGAGAGAUUCAAAAUCAACUCUGCUGAUCCUUCUACUACUUUACUCGAGUUCUUGCGAUUCAACACUCCUUUCAAGAGUGUCAAGCUCGGAGGGUGUGGUGCUUGUCUUGUAGUGUUAUCAAAAUACAAUCCAGAGUUAGUGCAAGUGGAGGAAUGUAGUAUAAACUCUUGUCUCACACUUCUCUGUAGUAUCAAUGGAUGUUCCAUCACAACAUCUGAAGGUCUUGGCAAUACAAAGAAGGGAUUCCACCCGAUUCAGAAACGACUCGCCGGGUUUCACGCCUCUCAGUGCGGUUUCUGCACACCAGGAAUGUGCAUUUCUCUCUACUCAGCACUUGCAAAUGCUCAUCAUAGCAACAGCUCAGGCCUCACGGCUUCUGAAGCUGAGAAAUCCGUGGCUGGAAACCUUUGUCGAUGCACCGGUUAUCGUCCCAUUGUCGAUGCCUGUAAGAGUUUUGCUUCUGAUGUUGAUAUUGAGGACUUGGGGUUUAACUCCUUUUGGAGAAAAGGAGAAAGCAAAGAGGUUAUGUUGAAGAGUUUGCCUCCUUACAAUCCAAAAGACCAUCUUGUGACCACAUUCCCUGAGUUCUUGAAGAAGAAGAAGAAGGUUGAUAAUGGUUUGGAUCAUUCGAGGUAUCAUUGGACUACUCCUCUAAGUGUAGUUGAGCUUUAUAAAGUAAUGGAAUUUGCUAAUUCUGGAGACUCGUUGAAGCUUGUUGUUGGGAACACGGGGACAGGUUAUUACAGAGACGUGGACCAGUUCGAUAGAUAUGUCGAUAUCAGCCAUAUUCCGGAGAUGUCGAAGAUCCAGAAAGAUGAGAAAGGAAUCGAAAUCGGAGCAGCUGUAACCAUAUCUAAAGCUAUCGAUGCUUUGAACGAGGAGAGCAAAUCUUGCUACGUUUUCAAGAAAAUGGCGACUCGUAUGGAGAAAAUCGGCAACCAUUCUAUCAGGAACUCAGGGAGUAUCGGCGGUAAUCUAGUCAUGGCACAGAGCAAGAAGUUUCCUUCUGAUAUCACCACGCUUUUACUCGCUGCAGAUGCGUCUGUGUAUAUGUUAAACGGCGAGAAAACCGAGAAGCUUAAGCUAUUAGAGUUUCUUGAAUUGCCUCCGAUAUUAGACUCCAAACGAGUUCUUUUGAAGGUUGAGAUUCCAUCUUCGACUUCUGAUAUACUCUUUGAAAGCUACCGAGCUUCACCUCGCUCUAUUGGAAACGCAUUGCCGUAUUUGAGUGCUGCUUUCUUUGCACAUGUGUCUCGCCAAGAACCAUCAAGAAACGGCGUAAAGGUGGAUAAAUGUUUGUUGGCAUUUGGUUCUUAUGGCAGCGAUCAUUCAAUCAGGGCGACAGAAGUUGAGAAGUUCCUAACCGGUAAGUUUCUCAGCUACAAUGUUCUCUGUGAAGCUGUGUGUUUACUAAGAGGAAUCAUAGUUCCCGGAGAAGACACUUCGCACCCUGAGUAUAGGAAAAGCUUGGCUGUUGGAUUUCUUUUCGACUUCUUCUAUCCGAUAAUCGAGAGUAGCAAUAUAAUAUGUAGUCUUGAUCCUGCGAAAUCUCUUCCCUUCCUAUCAUCUUCACAGCACGUGGUAGAGAGCAAUGAGUUUCAGCCUGUUGGUGAAGCGGUUAUCAAAGUUGGAGCUGCAUUACAGGCUUCUGGUGAAGCUGUUUUUGUUGAUGAUAUUCCGACUUUACCGGAUUGUUUACAUGGAGCAUUCAUCUAUAGCACAGAGCCUUUGGCUAAGAUAAAAAGCAUAAGCUUCAGUGAGGACGUGACUCCUUGUGGAGUUUUCGCUGUUCUCACUUUCAAAGAUCUUCCACAAGAGGGACAAAACAUUGGUUCCAAGACCAUUUUUGGACCAGGACCUUUAUUUGCAGAUGAACUAACUCGAUGUGCUGGUCAAAGAAUUGCUCUUGUGGUUGCAGACACACAGAAACAUGCAGACAUGGCAGCAAAACUUGCGGUAAUUGAGUAUGAUACAACGAACUUAGAACUACCGAUAUUAACCGUCGAAGAUGCGGUUAAAAGAUCGAGUUUUUUCGAUGUUUAUCCCAUGUUUUACCCAGAACCAGUCGGUGAUGUUUUAAAAGGAAUGAAAGAAGCUGAGAAAAAAAUAAUCUUGGCUAAGUUUAGUCUUGGGUCACAGUACCACUUCUAUAUGGAGCCACAAACAGCACUUGCCUUGCCAGAUGAAGACAACUGUGUGAAAGUGUUCAGUUCAUCACAAGCACCUGAGUAUGUUCAUUCGGUAAUCGCUACAUGUCUUGGCAUUCAAGAGCAUAACGUGAGAGUCAUCACCAGAAGAGUUGGAGGUGGAUUUGGAGGUAAAGCUGUGAAGUCAAUGCCUGUUGCAACAGCAUGUGCCUUGGCGGCUCACAAACUGCAGCGGGCUGUUAAGAUGUAUCUGAACCGCAAGACCGAUAUGAUAAUGGCUGGAGGAAGGCAUCCGAUGAAAGUGACUUACAAUGUCGGUUUUCGAUCAGACGGGAAGCUCACUGCGCUUGAGCUGACAAUGCUGAUAGAUGCAGGGAUCGAGCCUGACGUGAGCCCGAUCAUGCCGCGGAAUAUAAUGGGUCCGUUAAGGAAGUAUGACUGGGGAGCCUUGUCGUUUGAUGUUAAAGUCUGCAAGACGAAUCUCCCGAGCAGAACCGCCAUGAGAGCUCCAGGGGAAGUACAAGGCUCUUACAUAGCGGAAUCCAUUAUAGAGAAUGUAGCUUCUUCUCUUGGAAUGGAUGUUGAUGCAGUGAGAAAGAUAAACCUUCAUAGUUACAGCAGCCUAAGGAAGUUUUACAAGGGCAUUGCUGGUGAUCUUGUUGAAUAUUCUCUGCCUUUACUAUGGGACAAACUUGAGAUAUCUUCAGAAUUCAACCAAAGAUCUGAGAUGGUUAAGAAGUUUAAUAAAGAGAGGGAUUUCUCGAGUACCGAUUAUCCAUCAGGUUAUGCAGAGGCCAACACCGGGAAAGUAAGCAUUUUGAGCGAUGGUUCUGUUGUGGUUGAGGUUGGAGGGAUUGAGAUAGGGCAAGGAUUGUGGACUAAAGUACAACAGAUGUCUGAUACGCUCGGUUUGAUCCAAGGAGGUUUCACUGCCGGUAGCACGACGUCGGAGAAUAGCUGUGAAGCCGUUAAGCUUUGCUGCAUUAUCUUGGUGGAGAGGCUGAAACCUUUGAUGGAGAAGUCAGGUUCUUUGACUUGGAAUAUGCUUAUUCAACAAGCUUAUGCUCAGUCUGUGAAUUUAUCAGCGAGUACAUUGUAUAAGCCAGAGUUUACUUCCAUGGAGUACCUCAACUAUGGAGUUGGAGUGGAGGUGGAUCUUUUGACAGGAAGGACAGAGAUUUUGAGAUCAGAUAUCAUUUAUGAUUGUGGAAAAAGUCUUAAUCCUGCAGUUGAUUUAGGACAGGUCGAAGGAGCGUUUGUUCAAGGAAUAGGGUUUUUCAUGAUGGAAGAGUAUACAACAAAUGAGAAGGGGCUUGUGAUGCAACAAGGUACUUGGGACUACAAGAUUCCUACAGUCGAUACCAUCCCUAAGCAGUUCCACGUCGAGAUUCUCAACACUGGACAUCACAAGAACCGUGUUCUCUCUUCCAAAGCGUCGGGUGAGCCGCCUUUGCUUCUUGCGGCUUCUGUUCAUUGUGCAACGAGAUCCGCCAUUAGGGAAGCUAGGAAACAGUUCCUUUCAUGGAACUGCAAUGAUGGGAAUAGAGAUGGGUUUGGUAUGGAUUUUGAGUUGCCGGUUCCAGCGACUAUGCCUGUGGUUAAAGGUCUUUGUGGAUUGUAUAGCGUAAAUAAGUACUUAGAAGCGAAGAUCCAUGGGAAAUAAUUGAAGGCAAGUGCUUCUUUCGAGUGUUACAUUGUACACAAUAAUGUUAUGAUUAAGAUUUCAAAGAGGGGAAAUAAACAUUUAGGGAUCUUAGACAUAAAUAAUGUUUUCAGAACCAAAUAAUUCUGAAUUAAAUUAUGAAUAACUUUGUUUGCUGUAUAUGUACAAGCUGCUAAAAACACUUAAUACUCCUUCAAAUAGUCAAAUUGCACGUCUGCAAGGUGGAAGAAAGAAACAAAGUUACAUCUUGACAUCAAUUGCUUGGAGAUAAGAGUGCAAUAAUUUUGCGAGGACAUCAUCUAGGUAAUUUUUGAGAUAUGAGAAAUGUAAAUCAAGUGAUAAUCCAAUGUAACAUACUUUUUCUUUUUCUUUUCGGUAACACACUAACACUGAAUCCAAAAUUAUAUUAAUGAUAACCAUGUAUUAUUAC